AUGUCUGACGGCAUCGCUCCAGCUGUUGACAAAGUCGAGCUCCCCAUCAUCGGCGACACCAAGGCGCCCGAGGAUGCGAAGCCCGCACAGGAGCCCCCAAGCGCCGCCGACGCCCCCAAGGAGUCCCAUAAGCCCCCGCAUGCCGUUGAAGUCCAGUCCGUCCCCGAGACUCCCGUCAACGCGUCAACUCCGGCAAAUGGAUCACCGCGGCCGGAGCUGCCAAUCUCUGCCGAGCCAGAAGAGUCUGAGAAGCCAAAGGAAGACCCUGUCCCCAUCACCGAGGUUCAGGAGCCGCUGCCGACGCCUUCGGCUUCUGCGCCGGGAAGUGAUGUCGGACCUGAUUCCAUUGUUGACAAGCCCGUGACUCCCAAUGGCGAGUCGAAGCCUGCCGAGCUGAUGGCCGGCGCUCUUCAGACGGGCAACGCAGAGGACAAGUCGGAGACGUCGUCAACGGCGGCCGGGGAGAAGCGCAAGCAACCCGACACGGCUGAGGCCGUGACUGCUGCCGACGAAGCAGCGGCUGAGAAAGAAGACUCUGAAGAGAGUGAGCGAGCAGACAAAAAGGUCAAGAUCGAUGAGAACGGCAAGGCGGCCACCAACGGCGGCAGUCGUAAGCCGGGCCGCCCCAAGAAGGACAAGAAGGCCGCUCCCGUGGUGGGAAAGACCUUGCGCAAGACUCGGAGUCAAGGGCCUGUCGAGGUUUGA